GACCACAGAAAGUACCCUCCUUACCCACUGCUUUGGUCCCUUGGCUGCUCUGUAAAAAUCUUCCACCAGGGUCACAAUCUCCUUGCUGCUCAUUGGACAUUGAUGCCUGGCCCGAGCCUGGAUCUCCGGAGGCAGGAUGUUCAGAAACUGCUCCAGCACCAGCAGCUCCAAAAUCUGCUCCUUGGUGUGCACCUCAGGCUGCAGCCACUGACGGCAGAGCUGCCGGAGACGGGAGAGCGCCUCUUGGGGUCCAGACACCUCUUGAUAACAAAACCGUCUAAAACUCUGGCGGGAGAGCUCAGGAUCGGGCCAGUCUUUUUGCAGAGCGGGCUCCCGUUUUUCUUCUAGUUUUGCUAUUAUAUGUCUCUCUUGCUUGGAGGAAGCCUGAAUGUGGGACUGCGAGCUCAAAGUUAUCUCCAUCUUAGCCGCCAUUUUGGGGCUCAGGAGACAGCUUCUCUCUCCUUGUAAACAGCUCAAGCCUUCGGGAUCAUGGCCCUGAAUGCUAGAAAGAUGCUAGAAACGAAGCUCCUCUGAGGAUACUGGAAAGGAAAGGAUGCAAACAGAGCCUCCUCAUUCGCUGAACUUGACCCCAAACUCCUGAAGACAACACAGUCCCUGAGAGUGGGAAGAGUUUGUUUUUCUGCCAGUUUCUUGAACUGUCUUGCAAAGGAGAAAAGUCAUAAUGUCCUAAAAGGAAACUGGGGGAAAUACCGCUUUUAUUUCAGCGGCAAGCACAAGAGGUCUCAGAGGAAAAUGCGCAACGUGACCUAAUGGGCUGGCAGGAAUCCCUGGGAAAAGUUCAGGCUGUCAUCCAGGUAGCCUGCACCAGCUCCCCCGCAUCCUCCACAGGCCGACUUCCAGCAUCUCGCCGGGCGCUACAGGGCGAGCCCAGGCAGGCCACGGCGCACGCUGGGGGUUGUGAGUUAGCGGAAACCUCCUGCUAGCGAGCAAGGUACACGGAGACGCGGCGGCUGCUCACCCCCGAGGCUCCGAGGCCCAGCCGCUCCGGCCUCCGAGGGCGCCCGGCUCCGACUCCGCGCCCCAGCUGGCCCGGGGCUUGGCGAAGCUGCAGCACUCUGGCGCGCGGCUCAACUACGUGGCCGGGUGCGAGCCGGGGGUGGCGCCUGCGACGGCAGCACCGCCGACAGCCCCGCUCCACACGCCCACCUGCAGCCGACUCACCUCUCUGGGGACCGGGGAACCAGAACCCAGGAGCCAAGGCUGAGGGCGGGGAAAAAGCCGCUCGUCGCGGACACUCCCACAGGCUGCCGCGAAACUGUGCCACGAGAGAGCGCGCCUCCUCCGCAGAGGGAUUGGCUCCUCGGGGGCGUUCUCUCUCACCUAUCGGCUGCUGGGUCUGUCGAUGCUGGCGAGAACGGCGCCCCGCCGUCGCAGUGCACUCCGGGAGUUGUAGUCCGCUGGCAAGACUCGCGAGCAAGCGCAGUGGGCGGAUCCGCGCGGGGUCUCGCGGUGCUGACUUCCGACCCGGUGGCCGAGCGAGUUUGGGGAGUCGCGAGUGAGUGCGUCAGCCUCACUGAGCCUUUUUCAAGUGUGCGUCUGAGUCUGCAUGUCUAUGAAAUGCUCAUGUCUCUGAUUCCAAAAAGACACACUUUUCACUGGUAUCCAGGAGACCCGCUUCCCAGUGAUAAGAAAAGAGAUGGAAUCUGAUCUGCAGGAUGGAAGUGGCAACCAGUAAGCCAGUUCGUUGAAGCAAACCAUGGCUGCAAUAAGGAGUUCCCAGGCACACCCGUCCCCAAGCAAGGACUCCACACAGAGACAGAAAUCAGCCCUGCACGACAACGGCCCUGACUAUGAAGCUUCCCGCCAGCGCUUCCGGCAGUUCUGCUACCAGGAGGUAGCUGGUCCACAUGAAGCUUUUAGCAAACUCUGGGAACUCUGUUGUCAGUGGCUGAGGCCUAAGACACACUCAAAAGAGCAAAUCCUGGAGCUGCUGGUUUUGGAGCAGUUUCUGACCAUCUUGCCAGAAAAGAUCCAGAGCUGGGUGAGGGAGCAGUGUCCAGAAAAUGGUGAUGAAGCUGUGGCUCUGGUUGAGGAUGUACAGAGAGCACCUGGGCAGCAGGUCCCGGAAUCUGGGAAGGACUUGAAAAUGCCCAUCGAGGAGACGGCCUCCUUGGGAGCAGCCAGAGAAUCACUGAGAUCCCACGUGAAACAGGGGGUUCUUCCAGAAGAAUGGCCUGUGAAGGGGUCACGGAGCUCACCCCAGAGACCGUGGGGACAGUCAGAAGCCUGGCUUACUCUGCAGGCUCCCAGGAACCUUCCUCAGAGGAGGGGUCUUAGAGACCAGGAGACAGGUGCUGUGCUCCACACAGCUGGGGCCCAGGGACGAGCCACAUGUGAGGACAGAGCCAUAUCCCUCUGUCAGGAAGGGCAGAUAACACCUGGCCCCGAACAGAGGGCCCUCUACAGGGAUGUUACACAGAAGAGUGACAGAAACGCCUGGCUGGAGCCUGGCCCACCCUGGGCGGCCGAGGACACCAGGACUCUCCUGUCUGUUCUCAGCAGCCUCGACACUCCUGGCCAUUCUCAGUUUUAUGAAAAACUCCAGACCCAUCAGCAGAACAGCCAGAUCUCCAGGGCCUUGGUGGAACAACUCCAGGAGCAAAGCUUUCUGCAGACCCCAGAGCAGCAUCGUGCCAAGUUCAAAAGCCUGCAGUUGAGUUCCCGCAACAUGAGGAGAGGCUAUGUGCCUGAGCCUUGUAUCUUUUACGAGGAAACUGAUGCCCUUUCCAGCCGCUGGGCCUCUGCACCUACUAUGGCAAGCAGUACUGAUCCUGGCCAAGAGGGAAGUGAGGCUAGAGAGCUGAGUCAGCAGAAUGGGGGGCCCACAGAGGCUGGAGAAGGUACCACCGUGGAUGGUGAAGACUGGGAGGAAGAGGAUUUCAGGGAUCCUGGCCAGGCAGUUAGGAGGGUUGGCCUGCCGGACCUGUUCCCAAACAGACGUGGUAUUGAGAUCAAGAGCGGGAUUACAAAAGAGAAUUGGAAAUGGGAUGAUACAGAGGAAGCAAAAAUGAGCAAGCCUUUUCAGAGAAAGUCCAGUGAAGUCUUCUGGCAUUCUGAGCUAAAAAGAGGCUGGGCAGGUGCUCCAGUGUCAAGAAGGCAACGAAGAUGUUCUCCAGGGGAGAGUGAGGAGAAAUCCCCAUCCCAGAAGAGAAUGAGUCACCAGAGACUUCGUACUGGGGAAAAGGCCUGUACACAUUUCCUGUGUGGGAGAAACUGCUCUCAGAGUUCUCCCUCUCACCACCAGCCAGUCCCCAAAGUGGAAAAAGCUUCUAAAUGUCAUGAAUGUGGGAAAAGCUUUAGCCGCAGUUCUUAUCUUGUUCGACACCAGAGAAUCCACACGGGAGAGAAGCCUCACAAGUGCAGUGGGUGUGGGAAAGGCUUCAGCGAGCGCUCCAACCUCACUGCCCACCUAAGAACUCACACAGGGGAGAGACCCUACCAGUGUGGGGAAUGUGGGAAAAGCUUCAACCAGAGCUCCAGCCUCAUUGUCCACCAGAGGACCCACACGGGGGAGAAGCCUUAUCAGUGCACUGUCUGUGCAAAGAGAUUCAACAACAGCUCCCAGUUCAGUGCUCACCGGCGAGUCCACACUGGGGAGAGCCCACACAAGUGUGGGCAGUGUGGGAAAAGCUUCAACAAUGGCUCCCACUUGAGUGCCCACCAGAAAACCCACACGGGAAAGCCUUACCAGUGCUCUCAGUGUGAGAAAAUCUUCACUAAGAACCCUUCCCUCAUCCACCAUCAGGGGGUGCACACAGAAGAGGUUCCCAUAUCCCAGGAAGGAAGGCAUGUGCUAUGAGUGUGGAAGAAACCCAAUGGAUCAAUUCCUUAUGUCAACACGUGUUUCUGGCACUUCCUUCUGCUUGUCGAGAAUUCUACUGGGCAAUCCCCAGCUUAGCUAUAGGUUUAUUGACAACCGGAUCUUAAGAACCAUGUCCAGGAAUAGGAAUCAGGGUAAGAAUGCUGAACUCUUUCUGGCUCUGCCUGGGACUCCUGGGUCCUGUCUCAUUGUCGAUUUCAAUUCUGUUUGAAGGGGACAAGGCUACAGGAUCCAUAAGUCAGGAAACCUGGGUAUGACUGUUCCCAACAGAGAAUGGGGGGGCUAGUGGCCUGAGCACUGUUUCUGGGCCAUGUCAGAGAAGAAAUUCUCCACCCUCAUGGGAAGCACAUCUAGAAGUUAACAGCCUGGAUGUAUUCUAAACCAACAACUGGCCUCUGACACCUAGUGUUAGGUACUACUGCUAACUUAAGAGCAGAUCACUACUCUGUAAUCCAGCCACCACCAAAGAAAGAACAAAGGAAAGGAAGGAGAGGUUAAGCCUCUGGGCAAUAUUAAAUCUGUUUCCCUUGGUGACGUAAUCUCAGAGCAAGGGUAACAUCUAGGUUAAUCUUUGUAAGAUUCCUCAUUUUACCAUCACCUCCACCCCAGUUCCUGGUUUAUUGUCUCUUAUAGUUAACACUUUCUACAAGCUUAUAACCAUUACCACUUCUGUUGACAAUAAAGGUGUUUCUCCCUCUA